AUGUCAGAAAAAGACCCCGAGCCAUCGCCUCCCGUGCCAGAAGCGGCAGCCAGCCCGUCCGCUGGCCUCCCAGACCCAGAAACAAGGUCAAUCCGACACUCUGCCGAACCCGUGCCUCCUCCUGUUCCUCCGCCCGCCUUCGAGCCUCUCUUCACCUUGGUGACAAAUGCGUCCACGGGAGCCACAGUGCACCCGCGCGUGCAGUAUCUCUUCUCCGAUGAUGAUGCCUCAAUCCUCUCCCACCCCAACGACGACCCGAACCACCGCGCAAUGCUGGUCGAUAUCGCGCCCACCGAAGCAAGCACUUGGUCCGUCCAGUGGGCGUCCAGCCUCAGCCCAGACUUUGCCAUCACCGCUUCCCAGCUCUCUGUGCAGCGCAGCGACGACGCCAGCGAGGGCGACGCCUCAAUGAUGCUCCGAAUAGAAGGGGUGGAACGCGAGCCCCUGGACGCCGGCGGCAGCAGUCGGCCAAACAGCCUACCCAGCUCGGGCAGCGGCGCCAUUGGCCGUGAAAACGUCGAUGCGCUAGCCGACGAGUUCAAGCGGCGCAUGGGCGUGUUGAAAAACGUCGUCGCCGAGGGCGGGAAGAGAAGAGACAUACUGGAAAAGCAGGCGGGUAGUCUGCCCGGGCCGAAGACGCGGGAUGAGUAUGGACCUCCUCGUGGGAGGGAAUCUGCCGUACAGGGAGCGCCGUUUGAAGAUGAAUUCCCCGGCUGA